AUGUGUUUGGUACUUGGUUUGGUUAUGCCCGCAGAAUUCAAAGCACCAGAAUUUGAGAAGUACAUAGGGGAUGGCUGUCCAAAGCACCAUUUGGUGAUGUUUUGUCGAAAAAUGACCUAUCAUGCCCACAAUGAUAAGUUGAUGAUUCAUUAUUUCCAGGACAGUUUGACUGGGGCCUCAUUAAGUUGGUACAUGAAGUUAGAAAGGAAUCAUGUUCAAUCAUGGUUGGAACUAGCUAACGCAUUCUUAAAGCAAUACAAAUAUAAUAUGGACAUAGCUCCCGACCGCAUGCAGCUAAGAGCCUUAUCCCAGGAAGACAGUGAAUCUUUCAGAGGGUAUGCUCAGAGAUGGAGAGAGUUAGCGGCUUGCGUUGAGCCACCACUCUUAGACAAAGAGUUGAUGCAAUUAUUCAGGGAUACCCUGCAAAGUCCAUACUUCGAAAGGAUAAUUAGCAACGCAACAUCAAACAUCGCUAACUUAGUGACAAUUGGAGAACGCGUCGAGAGUGCCCUAAAAAGUGGAAGAAUCCAAGGUGCCUCGAGCAACCAAGCUAGUGAGACAGAAUCCCUCAGGGAUUCCCAAAAGGAAGAGGAUGAUGAAAUAAAUGCAGUCAUGGUAAAUGUUGGGUAUUCUCACGAUGCACCAGCCAGACCUUAUGGUUCUUCACCUUCUCAGCAAUCACCAUUUCCAACACCAUGUUAG